AUGGCCAUUCAUCGUGUACUGGCUCUUUUGAGCCUUUGGCUGGGCAUCGCUGCAGCUAUUCCUUCAUCCCAUAUUUAUAAGCGUGCUGUAUCUUCUACACCGCUUCCACCGAGUCAAGACCCUUGGUAUACCGCACCUGAGGGCUUCGAAAAUGAAGAACCCGGCACUGUCCUCCGUUUACGUCCUGCACCUGGAAAUCUGACCUCAAUUGUUGGAAAUGCGUCUGCUACGUAUAACAUUCUUUAUCGCACCACGGAUAGUCGGUAUAAUGCGACAUGGGCUGUCACGACGCUGUAUGUUCCCAAGCUGGGAGCGAAUAGCACUGCUGCUCGCCUUUUCAACCAGAGUGCUAUGAUCUCGUACCAAGUUCCUUAUGAUUCAGCGGAUGUGGACGCUAGUCCUAGCUACACUGCCUACUCUUCUGGAGGCACCGAUUUGUUCAACCAGGCUUUGGGUCUGGGUGUCUUUUUGAACGUGCCUGAUUACGAAGGUCCCCUGGCUUCAUUCACUGCUGGUGUCAUUUCGGGUCAUGCAACCCUCGAUUCCAUUCGUGCCGUCCUAUCUCUCGGUCUUGGUCUCAACUCUUCUUCAUCCCGCGUCGCGUUGUGGGGAUACUCCGGCGGCGCACUGGCAAGUGAAUGGGCCUCUGAGCUCGCAGUCCAAUACGCUCCCGAUCUCAUGAAAUCCGUCAAGGGAGCCGCCAUUGGCGGAAUCACACCCAAUGUCACCGCUGUUCUGGACGCAAUUUCCGGCAACGACGCAGCCGGCCUUGGACCCAGCGCCAUCCUCGGCAUCAGCAGCCAGUACCCAGAGGUACAGGAGUAUAUCAUCUCUAAGCUCAAGACCGACGGACCCCAGAACAAGACUGGAUUCCUGGCUGCGGAGAACUUCACCGUCGCUGAAGCUGGUGCUGCUUACGAAGGCCUUGACAUCUACGACUUCUUCACCAACAGCGAGGGUCUGCUACGUGAGCCUCAAGUCAAAAAGGUCAUCAACAAUGACGGAAUAAUGGGCUACCACGGCGUUCCACAGUGGCCUAUCUUUGCCUACCAAGCCGUGAACGACGAAAUCAGCCCGAUUGUCAACACAGACAAAUUGAUUGAGAGAUACUGCGAGGUGGGAGCAAAUAUCCUGUACCAACGCAAUUCCGUGGGUAGUCAUUCACAAGAGUUUGUGCUCAGCGCUGCUCCUGCUAUUCAGUGGUUGGCGACUGUUCUGACGGGACAGUAUGCGAAAACAGACGAACAGGACCUGCCACGUUUUUACAACUGUGUCCAUGUCAACUACAUAGAAUUAUAUCUUUCCAAACUGCCUUCAACUUUUGGUCAACUAUUCUGGUUCCUUCGGGUCCAUCACAAGAUGCCUGACCCCCCGGCGCCUCCUCCUCUACCACCACCCGUCAAUUUCGGCGCACCUUCUCUACGAAUUCCACCACCUGUUGUUCCCGAAGAUGGACCUCCUGGGUCUCUUCUACUUCACCUCGUCAUGUACAGCGGAGGCACCUUCAACAACCAUUGGAACUGGUACAUCCGAUCAAGACGCGAUCCAUUCAUCGGGACCAUAAUCCAUGCUCCGGGCGAUGUACACAGCGGCUUUCGAUUUGAGAUCAAAAGAUAUCAUGACUUCAGAGAUGAGCCCAGUAUGCCUCUACAUAUAAUUCCAUUACAGUGGAUCGACCGGAAGUAUCUCGAUGAGACAGGCAUGCUUAACAAUGGACAUCGUGCCGAUGACGACAAGCCUCUUUGCGAGUUUGAGAGAAGCGUUCAUAAAGUCAGGCCCCCAGGGAAGUCGCUCAACUCUGUCACAUCUGGAGCUCCCAAAACGAAGGUUAUUCAAAGGAACUGCCAGACUUGGAUCGUGGAAUCUGCCGAUCAAUUGGUCACGGAUGGUAUUCUGCACGAGGAUAUCGCGACCUACCUCCAUGCCAUCAAGCAGUAG